AUGGACAACAGCUGUUUGGACAUCAAUCCCCAGUUGGACAAGUACUAUCUUACAAGUCUAUACGGAAUACAGUUUGUUUUGGGACUUGUGGGCAACAUUUUUGUAAUAUGGGCGUAUUUGUUCUGUCUGAAAGAGUGGAAGUGUUGCAACAUCUACCUUUUCAAUCUAUCCAUCUCAGACCUGAUCUUCACCUGCAUGCUCCCCUCGCUUAUAAGCUACUACAGCAACGGCAACCAGUGGGCCUACGGUGUUCACGCCUGCAAGAUUUAUAAAUGCAUCCUCCACUCCAACAUGUAUGCAAGCAUCUUGUUUCUCACCUGCAUUAGUUGGGAUCGGUACCUCCUGGUCACAAGCCCCUUGAAAGUCCACUGUAUUCAAACAAAAUUCAAUGCCAUUAUCAUUUGUUUAUGCCUCUGGACUUUUGUUACAGUGGAGGUAAUUCCUAUGUUCACCAUUUUUAACAGUGACGGAACCACAAACAAUACAACCUCCCAUUGUUCUGACUAUGCCAGUUCAGGAGAUGCCAAGUGGAAUCUGAUUUACAGUUUGUACCUCACUGUGUUUGGUUUCCUCGUGCCCCUGUGUGUCAUGUUCAUCAUGUAUGUUCGAAUUGCCCGCGUCUUGAAGAAAAUGGGUCGGGAAAACAGUCAGAUCAGGGUGAACAAGCCUCUCAAGAUGGUCAUACUGGCCAUCACUAUCUUCGCCCUGCUCUUCACACCCUACCACGUGAUGCGCAAUGUCCGCAUUGUGUCCCGACUAGACAGCAUACGCAUGUCCAAGUGUGGUGUGUCUGUUGUGAAGGCUAUCUACACCAUCACCAGGCCAGUGGCGUUCCUCAACUCAAUCACCAACCCUUUUUUCUACUUCAUGACAGGCGACAAAUUCAGGGAGCAGGUUGUUGACAAGCUGCAGAGCAUCUUCUCAAGAAUACGGAAGGCCUCAAAUAAGAAUGAAAAUAGCCCCGACAACGUCGUUAAGUUCAACAAAACCACAGUAUGAUCUAGUUCUGAUGCGAAACAAAAUAUUGAUAGCCAGAAUAUUAGCGGUAACGUAUUGUUCUUUCAAAUGCUUUUUGAGGUUUUUUUCUGUCGCCCGUCCUAGGAAGUGGCACUGUUGCGCCGCAGGUUGAGCCGCUACCUCACAACGGAAGAGACCCGGGUUCGAUCCUGACCUUGGGUGCUGU